AUGCCGGACUGGAGGGAUGAGUACCUCGCGUCCCUCAAGGAUGUCGAGCUCAACAACCCAGUCAACAUGGAGCUCGUCCAGGCUUGCUCGCAAAUGGCCGACCGCAUCUCCGCACUCGAGGCGGAAAAGGUAGCGCUGCAAUCCCGGCCGCCGACUACGAGCACAUCCAAGCACCCGCGCCCCGGUGGUACACCCUCGGACGACGCUGGUAUCGCACAGCUCCGCCUUGACCUCGCCGAGACGCUGCGAGCCAAGGGUGUGGCCGAGGCACGGCUCCGCACGGCAGAGGAAGAACUCGGCAGACUGCGGGCAAAGACCAAGGAGGACGCCCGGGCCGUCAAGGACCUCACGGCUGAUCGAACAUCGCUCAUCUUUCGGGUCAAGGACCGCGAGCACGAACUGAGAGAGAAGCGCAAGCUGCUCGAGCAAGUCCAGGACGAGCAUAUCGCCCUGAACCUGCAACUGUCCAUGGCGGAAAAGGAACGAGACAGGGUCAAAAAGGAGAACAAGGAGCUCGUCGACAGAUGGAUGAAGCGCAUGGGGCAGGAGGCCGAUGCCAUGAACCUCGCAAACGAACCGCACUUGGAAAAGAAUCACUGA